UCAUGGAGAGUUGGGGGGGGGGAUGAGUUAACUCUUCUUUUUUUUCACCAUUGGUUCCUUUUUCUCUUGGCAGUUGGCAAUUACGGGUUGUUCUUCUGUCUCCUCAGAACAAGAAUUAAUCCGCCAGGACUUGAGUUCCCGAUUCCUUACGACGCAAGGCGGGGCCGACAUGGGAGCUGCUGCCAUUCGCCCUCUGGCUUUCCAGUUCCACCAACACAACCACCAGCACCAGCACACCCACCAGCACACCCACCAGCACUUCACUCCUUUCUCAUCAAGCAUGGUACCCACACCCAGCCCAGCCAUGUAUGAGAAGUACACUGGGAAAAUGGAUGGGCUUCUGAGACAUAAUUUUUAUCCUGCCUACCCCAAAACCGUGUCGGGGAUCUCCCCAGUCCUGCCUUCUGUGAAUUUUGGCUCCCUGCAGGGGGCAUUUCAACCUAAGAGCACUAAUCCUGACCUGCCUUCCCAGCUGGGUGCUGUCCCGCCCAGCAUGUCCCAGAAAGGCAGCCAGAUCACUGAUCCUUUCAGGCCGACCUUGAGAAAGCUGGGGAAGUGGUGCGCCAUGCACGUCCGUGUGGCAUAUAUGAUCCUGCGGCAUCAGGAAAAAAUAAAGCUGAUGCAGGGUGAUCCCCAUAAAUUGGAUUUCCGGAAUGACCUCCUCACUUGCUUGCCUGAGACCAGAGCCUUUGGCAGUCUGCCCCAUAGCCAGGAGCUGGCACGCCCUGCCACCCUUUUCACAGCCGCUGGUGUCGUUCAUCCAGGUAAUGUCCCCUCCUUUGCUCCUGCCACUGCUACUCAUGGCUCUUUCCUCAACCCCAGUCCCCACAUUGAUCCCUUUGGCAGGCCUCCUAGCUUUGCCUCUCUGGGCACCCUCUCCAAUGGGGCAUUUGGCGGCCUGGGCAACCCAUCCUUCAGUGAGUAUUUUUAA